CAAAACACACAAACACUACUUGAGGCUCCAUCGCUUUUUUAGCAAUUUAAACAUGUUUUCUCUAAGCUCCUGGCGUCUCCUCUUCUCUCUCCUUUGCAGUCUUCUCGUUCUUCAGGCACAUUGCGAUGAUCCUAAGGCACAGACUUAUAUCGUGUACAUGGGGGAUCAUUGGAAGGAAAUGAAAGUCGCUGAAUUACAUCACACGAGCAUAGUUCAAAGAGUCCUUGGCAGAAACUUUGCCCGAGAAGCUCUGUUCCACAGCUACAAGAAGAGUUUCAACGGAUUUGCGGUGAGGCUAACACAAGAGCAAGCUGAAAGAAUGGCCGAAAUGGAUGGGGUGAUCUCUGUUUUCCGAAGCGAAAAGCACAAGCUCCAAACAACGAGGUCCUUGGACUUCAUAGGGUUCCCAAAGCAAGUGAAAAGAACAAGUUUCGAGAGUGACAUCGUGGUCGAAGUAAUCGAUUUUGGAAUUUGGCCCGAGGCUGACAGCUUCAACGACCAUGGAUUUACUUCGCCACCCAAAAAAUGGAAAGGAUCUUGCCAAAACAUCACUUGCAAUAACAAGAUUAUCGGAGCAAAAUACUUUAGAGUGGAUGGUACGUUCGACGAAGACGAUAUUAUAUCUCCAAGGGAUUCAAAUGGUCAUGGAACUCACUGUGCAUCCACAGCUGCAGGAAACUUGGUUAGCUCAGCGAAUCUAUUUGGUCUAGGUUCGGGCACAGCAAGAGGGGGAGUCCCUUCAGCGCGUAUUGCUGUGUAUAAACCUUGUUGGUCAUCAGGUUGUGAAUCCGCUGACAUUCUGGCAGCAUUUGACGAAGCAAUCUAUGAUGGCGUUGACAUACUUUCAGUAUCACUUGGUCCUUCUAGGGAGAUAUACCGUGACUUCUUUGAGGACGUAUAUGCAAUAGGAUCUGUCCAUGCAAUGAAGAAAGGCAUUCUAACCUCAAGUGCUGCCAAUAACUUGGGUCCAAAGCUCCGGACCAUGACUAGUUUUGCGCCCUGGUCGCUUCAAGUGGCUGCUUCCACUAUUGAUAGAAAGUUUUUCACCAAGGUUCAGCUGGGAAAUGGCAUGGUUUUUGAGGGAAUCUCGUUGAACACCUUUGAUCUUCACAACAAAACUUACCCGUUGAUUUAUUCUGGUGAUGCACCCAAUAUCACCGGUGGAUUUAACAGUUCCAUAUCAAGGUCUUGCAUCGAAAACUCCUUGGACGAAGCAAUGGUGAAGGGAAAAAUAGUUUUGUGUGACAAGUAUUUGCCUGCUCAAACGGGACUAGCAUCUGGGGCGGCUGGGAUUGUGGUUCCAGGCAUUUCCUCCAAAGACUGGGCAUCUUUGUUCACUCUUGCUCUUCCUCUUGCUGUGCUUACUCUAAACGAUGGCACAUCCAUUUUCUCUUACUUGAAUUCAAGCAGUAAUCCAACUGCUACUAUAUAUAAGAGUAAUGAAGGCAAGGAUUCUUUGUCCCCUUACGUGGCUUCCUUUUCUUCAAGGGGUCCAAAUGUGAUUACUCCCAACAUUCUCAAGCCUGAUAUCGCUGCCCCGGGAGUAGAUAUCAUAGCCGCAUGGUCUCCCAUUUCCCCUAUUUCACAUGCAAAAGGAGACGAGAGACUAUCAAACUUCAAUAUUAUAUCAGGAACUUCCAUGGCUUGCCCUCAUGCUACUGCAGCAGCCGCCUAUGUCAAGUCAUUUCAUCCCACGUGGUCUCCAGCAGCAAUCAAGUCUGCCUUAAUGACCUCCGCCACGCUAAUGAGUUCCGCUCUCAAUCCGGAAGCUGAAUUUGCAUAUGGAGCUGGACAAAUCAAUCCCGUUAAGGCUGUGACUCCUGGUUUGGUAUAUGAUAUCAGUGAAUCGGAUUAUGUGAGUUUCUUGUGCGGACAAGGUUAUAAUAUGACAAGCCUACGAAUCAUUACAGAUGAUGUCGUCAACUGUGAAAAAGCUAAGAAGGAAACAGUGUGGGACCUGAAUCUGCCAUCUUUUGCUCUGAAGAGAAACAUCUCAGCACCUUUUAGCAAUGUGUUUCAUAGAACUGUGACAAACUUUGGAGUAGCUGGAUCUAUAUAUAAGGCUAGAGUGAUUGUUCCUCCAUCUUUGUUGAGUAUUCAAGUGACACCAAAUGUUUUGUCGUUCUCAUCUGUGGGUGAGAAGAAGUCGUUUACAGUUACAGUUGAAGGAAGAAUAAAUGUGGAAAUAGUCUCCGCCUCUUUGAUUUGGGAUGAUGGUAAUUUCCAAGUGAGGAGCCCCAUUGUGAUUUACAGUACUCAGUGAGUACUCACUGAGUGUCAGACAUGGAUUUACAGUCUUGAACUUGCAACAGAUCAUUAUAUUCUUUUAGAUAAUUCUUAAAGCGUGUCAAUGUAUAAUAGU